GUCCUGAAGUCCCUCACAGAAGCAGACACAGGAGGAGCAACUGUCGCCGCCUCCCCUCUGGGCUUCUCCAAGCUCGUCCCCGUGCUCAACCGCCAUCGCGCUGUCAUCACUUUCGGCCAAUCAGGCCCGUCCAUUGCCAACGAACUCUCAGCAGCGGGUCUCUCGGUCUCUCUCAUUCAGUGCACCACGAUGGAGCAAGCCAUGCGUGCUGCUGCCGAGAGAGCCCUUCCUGAUGACACAAUUCUUCUCAGCCCGGCAUGCGACCUUAGAAAACGAUUGCUGCUCGAUUCCCAAUUUCACCCCGCUCGGUUCCUCCCCCCCGCGGACAUCGUUCCGACCAUGCCUGGCGACAACAACAGCGACAGCGCCGCCAGCGCCGUCAGAGGCGGCGGUGCAAGCAGCGGUCUAUUUCAGCUGGUCGAGUCGACUGUUUCGGAGCAGAAGUUCUUUAAUAGCCUUCCCUUCCCCCUCGUCCUGACGCCGCGCGUACUCCGAAAUCCCGCGAGUUCCUCCGCACCCUGCGCGACCUCGCCCGCACCUUCCGCGCCCCUCCGCACCUUCCGCAUCCCUCUCCUCCGAUGCCGGGAGGGCGACACACACUCUGCUGCUUCCCCUUCAUCCUCCCCUCGGCCCGUUCCCCUCGCCACGUCAGCAUCCCCGUCAUCCGACGUGGCAGCUCUGAAGGAAUACUAUGGAGAGCGAUACGACGACGAGAGAGUUUCGGCUAUGGGAACGAUAGCACCACCCCAGCAUGACGCGGUCGCGUGGAUUCGCGCAAACCGCGAAUGGCUGCUGGACACGUGGCAGCUGCACGGCGCGGUGCUGCUGCGCGGCUUGCCUCUCGAGUCCCCUUGUGACUUUAACGAGGUUGUGGAGGCCUUCGGAUUGGACGAGCUGCCUUACGUGGGCGGCGCGGCUCCAAGAACGAAGGUGGCUCCACGUGUGUUCACAGCAAACGAGUCGCCUCCAGAUCAGAAGAUUCCGUUUCACCACGAGAUGGCGCAGGUGAGAGAUGAGGAGGGAUUGGGGGAGAGAGGUGUGGAGCACCUCUCGUUUGUGUCACAGCUGAGCGCCACGGGGCUGCUGUAUGUGUGCUGUAUGUGCGUCUCCUCUGCCGAGCCGUCUCCUCUGCCGAGCCGUCUCCUCUGCCGAGCCGUCUCCUCUGCCGAGCCGUCUCCUCUGCCGAGCCGUCUCCUCUGCCGAGCCGUCUCCUCUGCCGAGCCGUCUCCUCUGCCGAGCCGUACCCGAGUACCCAACCCGCCUCUUCUUCUGCCAGAUCCCUCCGGCAAUCGGAGGCGAGACCCCCAUCCUGCCCUCCUGCGAGCUGACUCGCUGCCUGGCUCUGAAGCACAGUCGUUCGUGGCGCAGCUGAGAGCCAAGGGGUUGCUGUAUGUGCCACGCUCUACUGCUGCCAUGCCGAGUAGUCCCCUCCUUACCUCGGCCCUUUCCUCCCCUUGCUCCCUACCAGAUACCCGAGUACCCGACCCGUCUUUUCUUCUUCUGCCAAGUUCCACCAGCCUCAGGGGGCGAGACCCCCAUCCUGCCCUCCUGCGAGCUGACUCGCCGCCUGGCCCACACGCAACACCCCCCUUCCAACUCCCACUCUUCCUCUUGCCCCCUCAUCAGGUACUCGAGUACCCAACCCGCCUCUUCUUCUUCUGCGAGACGCCGCCAGCAACCGGAGGCGAGACCCCCAUCCUGCCCUCCUGCGAGCUGACUCGCCGGCUGGCCCACACGCACCCCUCGUUUAUAGCACAGCUGCGCGCCAAGGGGCUGCUGUAUGUACGCGUGCUACCAGAGGAGGAUGACCCGAGCAGUGCCAUUGGGCGAGGGUGGAAGUCCACUUUCCUGACUCAAGACAAGAUGGAAGCUGAAGAGAAGGCGGCAAAGCUAGGGGUGAAGCUGGAGUGGCAGGCGGACGGCAGCGUUCGGACUGUUUCCGGGCCUAUCCCCGCGCUUAGGGUGGACACUAGGCCUCUACCGAACCUCUCCACCAAACAUCGUGCUGCACAGGAUGAGGUCCAGGAUGAACAGGUUCGGACAGGAGAGGUUCGGGAAGAAGAGGUUCGGGAGGCAUGGUUUAACAGCAUGGUAGCAGCCUAUACAGGGUGGAAGGACGUGCGUAACGACCCCACCAAGGCAGUUACGUUCGGCGACGGGGAGGCGCUACCAGGGGAGGCUGUACUGGCGGUGGAGGAGGAGAUGGAACGGCUGGCAGUGGCUGUGCCAUGGCGACGAUUUUCCGACCAUCAGUCAGCCAUAAACAGAGUCAGCCAUUCGGUGCCGUCAUCUGUAAGGCUACAGCAGAACAGAGCCAAAACGGUUUGCUCCCAGAUUUUUUAUUCCGUCGUUCUUGCUUUCGUCGGCUGUCGUUCAAUGAGAGCCUUCCCCGUUCCGUCCUGUGAACUCCACGGAUUCCAUCAGCCACUCUCGCAGUUCGCGGAUCUUUCGCAGGCUCGCUCGACAAGUCGCCUUCCGGUUUCCAUUCCCCGCCUCGACCUUAACUUCCAGAUUCGCCCGCGAUCAGCGGCGAAUAGUCGGCGAUCGGCAGUCGUCAUGGCGGCUUCGGGUGCGUCGGACGGGAGCGAAAUCUUCAAGCGAAGCAUCAACCUCAUGAUCGUAUCUGAUCUUGACAACACCAUGGUGGACCACAAGGACCCCAACCACGAGUCGCUGCGCGAAUUCGCGUCUCUCUGGCAGUCCACGUUCGCGCGGGACUCGCUGCUCGUCUACUCCACUGGCCGCUCGCCCACCCUUUACAACCAACUCAAGAGCCAAGUGCCGCUCCUUACUCCUGACAUUGUGAUCAUGUCAGUGGGUACGGAGAUCACCUAUGGCGCGUCCAUGCAGCCGGACCAAGGGUGGGAGGAGUACCUGAACGAUGGGUGGGACAGAGAGGCUGUGGUGGAUGUCGCUAAGGGCUUUCCCCAGCUGCGCUUCCAGGUGGACUCAGAGCAGCGGCCGCACAAGGUCAGCUUCCACCUGGAGAAGGAAAAAGCUGGCAAUGUAGUGGAGGAGCUUCGGAGCAAGCUGGCGCAGCGAGGGCUGAAGGCGAAGGUGAUAUACAGUGGGGGGUACGAUUUGGACAUUCUGCCCGAGAGGGCGGGCAAGGGGCAGGCCAUGGCGUACCUGCUGCAGCAGUUCAGGGAGCAGAGCGGCAGCGCUCCCAAGCACACGCUGGCGUGUGGUGACUCGGGCAACGAUGCAGAGCUGUUUGAAGUGGAUGGAGCAUAUGGCGUGAUUGUAUCCAACGCAAUGGAGGAGCUGGUGGAGUGGCACAGGGCGCAUCACAAUACGGACCACGUGUUCCAAGCCACCAAGCGUAGUACCACGUGUACUGGCUGUAGGCAUGGCAAGGAGCGCAUGGAUGGAGUCAGUGGUGGUAUUGUGACCACUGUACAGUUUCAUAUAAUAAGUUUGCCUUGCAAUUUUACAACUGGAACGGUUAAGACGCUAUGGCACUAG